CAGUGCAAGAAGUUCAGCUAAAUAAGAACGAACCUUAUGGUUAAAGGGUUAGACAAACUUGAAUAAACUGAAUAAACUAAAGCGAAUUUUGAUCGAUCUAAUUGAAUGGAAUUAUUUUUCUGUAUCAUAUUUAAUCAAAAAUGAGUUUGGAAUGUUUGGAUUUGAAUCAGGUUUCUACGUGUUCCUAAUCAUUAGAAUAUAAAUAAAUACUGAAGUGGAAAUUAUCAGCUUCCCAUUAUUUUAGUCACGUCUUAAACUUUUAACAAGUACACGCAGUUCACUGGCAAGCCAUAAUCUUGAAACAAUUAUCUUGGAGUAAAAUAAGAGGACUCAGUACAAUGUUAGUUCAACGAGUUGAACAACUAAGGCAAAACUAAGGCAAACUGAAUUAAAUUAGAUCUGACGUUAUUGGACAAUAAACAAGCAUUUACUGGCAGCUUGUAAAAAUUCAUAGCAACCGAUUUGACUGCAUCUGAUAGUGCUAUUUUUCCUCAAAGGAGAUAAUCCAUGCUGAAGUAUUGCACUGGAAUAAUGAGCAGUUAUGACAUUAGUUUCAAACUGUUCUUAUUAAUAGUAUUUGCAGAUUAUAGACAAUCAUAGCUGUCAUUAUAUUCUUACAUGUAGCGUCAUACUCCUUAACAGGCUAUAUUUUUGUUCCCGUUGCGGAUAUAAUUACUGUACCCAAAGCUUUCUUCAAUAUGCUUGCCAUAUCAAGAAGUUUAUGUCAGAAGAAUUUUCAACGGAGAACAACUCAUUUUGUUACUUGCUCUGUGAGAGAUCGCCAUCAUAUCUGGUCGUACAAGAGAUUUCUCGUUCAAGAUAAAGUUGACUGCGGAAAGAUACAAUACUUAAAAUUACAAAAAUGUGAUUUUCGCACAACGCAAAACUUGCACGUUCCACCGUUAGUAGCUAUGCUUCUGCGUCCUAUCUUACGCAUUGGUGCAGUACUGAUGGGGCGCGGUAUGAAGAGAUGGUGGACGCGCAAGUCCGAGAAGGAGAAAGAGGAAUAUAAGCAGUGGUUUAGGGAAAGAAGAAAUAUAUUUCUAGGUUGUUUCGGACUGUAUGGCCUUAUAUUGGCUAUUUACUACGUAACUCAUCUUGAAACCGAUCCAUUGACACAACGUUCGAGAUUUAUAAUCUUUAACCAGGAACAAGAGAAAAAAUUAGGGAAAAUGGUUCUCGAAGCUCAUUUAGAAGCUCACAAACUAGAUUUGGUACCGCACUCUCAUCCGGCUUACAAGAGACUCAUAAGGGUGAUUGAAAGAAUUUUUACAUCUAAUAAAGAUUUGAAGUCGAUGAGAGAUACACAGUGGACUUUAACUGUUAUUAAUACACCAUUGACAAACUCGUACAUCUUGCCGGGUGGCAAUAUCUUUGUAUCCUUGGACAUAUUAAGAAUUAUCGAAAAUGACGAUCAAUUAGGCAUUGUUUUAGCCCAUGAAAUGGCUCAUUCGCUGCUGUUACAUUCUCUUGAGGCACUAUCGGAUCGACUAUUGUGGGACUUUUUAAUAGCAAUACCCAUUUUAUUAGUUUGGGCAAUAUUUCCCGACUUGGCAGCUGCUAUUAUUCAUAUGAUAGGAGAACGAAUUGUGAAUAUUAUAUAUAACCUUCCAUUCAGCAGAGUUUUGGAGAAUGAAGCUGAUGAAGUAGGACUUAAACUGGCUGCAAAAGCUUGUAUUGAUAUUCGUGAAGCUGUUGUAUUUUGGGCUACGAUGAGGACGCUUACAGAAAUGCAUACACUGCCUCCAGAAUUGCCAUGGAUAUCGACGCAUCCUGCUCACGGUGACAGAGAGAAGCGUUUGAAUGAAGCAAUGACAAAAGCAUUAGAAUUGCGAAAGGACUCAGGGUGUUCGACGUUGCCUGCAGCAGACCCAAGAGACAAGUUUUACAAACGAUCGGCAAAAGAACAGGAGAUUUAUUUUAAACAGAGAGGGAUAAUUUAAAACGAGAACUAGAAAACCAGUGAUUUUGCUAUUGUGCCUAGAGAGUUUCGAUUUUUCCUUAAAAGUUAUUAAAAUAAUAUAUGCUAUAAAUAUAAAACGUUAAUUUUUAUGUAAUAACACAAGUACGCGAAUCAGUAUUCCACAUAGCAUCAAGUAAGCUUCAAGCUUUCGUAUAAAAAUAUCUAUCUUUUUAUUAUAAAAUAUGUAUCAAUUUUCGUACACACAGAAGAACGUAUAUAUAAAUUACGUAAUAUAUAAAUUUACAUUUGAAACAAGUCAUUUAUAAUUGAAACAAGCAAAUAUUUUAAUUGCAAAUAAUACAUUAUAGUUUUCAUAAAUAAGACUAUAAUGUGACUAUUGUACAGCUUCUGCUACACGUAUUUUAUAAAAAAUAAUUGUAUAAAAAUAUUUUUGCAAAUGUACCUAGAUAAUCAAGUCUGUUGAAAAAAUUUUGUUAAUUAUUCUGCUAUAAAUUUUGCCGAAUGCCAGCAGUGAUAUAAUAGAAUCUGCUAACAGAAUAUGUGAUAGAAAAGCAGCAUUUUCACAAGUAGCUUUUAAAUGAGAGCAAAGCUAACGAAUAAACGGUCUAAGAGUUUACAUGACUUAACUGCGUCCACACUGAACGUGUACCUAUGCUGUUUUAUUUAUUUUUCUAAGAGAUUUCUUUAAAAAUUAUGUAUAGUUACGAAAUUACAUUCUAUGUGCGCAAAUUUUGGACACCCUGUGUAUUGUAUAUAUUUUGGAUACACAUAGGUGACGCUAAUUUAAGUCUCAUGUAUUAAUAUGAAAUGUAUUGUAAAUAAUAUAUGUUAUUCUGUUGUCGACCUAUUAAAUUUGUUGAUAAACUUAGUUCUUGUGGAAUGUAAGUGCACGCACGGUCAUUUUAAACAAGAAGAUUUAUAUUUGAGAAUAAAGUAUAUUUUU